GCGCUUCGAUUGAGGAGCCACUGAUCAGCAUGUGUUCGGUUCUUGCGCACUCUGAUCAUCAGGUUACCACAAGCGCACGCUGCCGAAAUGGGUUUCUACGCCCCACGUUAAAGCAUGGUGUCCAAGCUCUUACUCAUCCUUGCAUCAUGGAGACUUGCCCUGGUGCAUCACAGUAUCACAUCACCAGAGUGACAGGUGCAGUGGAUGAGCUCUGAGCUGUUCAUGGAGACUGAUAGCUACAUGUCCAAUCUGUCCACCACAGACUGGGUGGGGACAGUGGAGGUCCUCCAGCAGCAGGAGGAGAGCUCCACUGGGAGGCCUCCUUCCUGGUCUGAGCCAUACUCGCUGGGCUUUCAGGUUUCCCUUACUGCCUUCCUCAUGGUGGAGCUGGUCCUAGGCUUCAGCAGUAACCUGACAGUGUUGGUGCUCUACUGCUCCCAGUCCAACCUGGUGGACUCUGUGAGCAACAUGGUGACCGUCAGUCUGCAUGUGCUGGACGUGGCUGUGUGUGUGCUAUGCUUGCCUCUCACACUCAUGAUUGUUCUGCUGCCACAAGGAACCAACCUGGCCACUCUGUGCUGUUUCCAUGAGGCCUGUGUCACAUUCACCAGCAUCGCUACAGCGAUAAAUAUCCUGGUCAUCAGCCUGGACCGGUAUGAUAUCUCUGUCCGACCAGCCAACAGGCUUCUCACCACCCGACGAGCUGCACUCCUGCUGGCUGCAGUUUGGGUUAUCUCUGUGGCUGUGUUUUUUAUCCCUUUUUUUGAAAUGCAGUGGAUGAUUGAAGAGGACAAGGACCUAGUCUUGUCAUUAUCUUAUCCUGACACAUCCAACAUGGACGUACCUGCUUGGCAAAACAGAACUUCCUUGUGUGGUGGCGGGCAAGACUAUCACACAGGCCUUGCUAUGUACCACCUUGUCCUACAAGUGCCCAUUUUCUUCACCACAGUGGCAGUCAUGCUUUUUACUUACUCUCGAAUACUGAGAGCUUUGAACAUACGCAUUGGCUCUCACAUGAAGAACCAGCGUUUCAGGAGCUCCCACAGCAGGGGCCGUCCCAUAUGGCCAAAAAGCGAACAGAGUAAAAGAAAGGUGGGACUGAAAAAGGUGGACAGUGAAGAGUUGGGGGAAGAGCACUGUACCACCGAUGGGACUAAACAGAAAAGCCACCCUCCACUCAUCGCUUCUCCAUUGCCCACACCCACAGCUACAUCUCCUCCAGGGGUGUCCUCCACCCCCCCCCUGGUCGCCUCAGCUAAAGCUGCAGCUACCCCUGUGGCACCCACGAUGGGAGUCCAAGCCUCAGUAUCAGCCAUCAUCGCCCUGCGGCGGGCAGUGAGGCGUCACCGAGACCGCCGAGAGCGUCAGAGACGUGUGUUCAAAAUGUCCCUCAUCAUCAUCACGACCUUCCUGGGCUGCUGGGCACCGCUGUCUGUGAACAACCUACUGAUCCUCAGCAUGGGCCCCAGCCAGGCCCUGGUCAACCUCCGUCUGUGGUUCCUAGCCCUGGCCUAUGGCACUACAGUGUCACAUCCUUUACUCUAUGCUUUUACCCGCCAGAAACUGCGGCGAGCGCUUAGGUCAAAGGUAAAGAAGAGGGUAGUAUCAUUGCUCCAAGUGGAUCCCUCACCAGGGGGCACUGUCAUACACAACUCCUGGGUGGAGAACAGGAAAACCAGCCGGCAGGUGCGUCUGGAGGCGAGUGAAGGUACAGACCGCUGUUUAGCAGAAGCACUGUGAGAAAGCAUGUGUAGUCAGUACAACAUGCAGUUACAGUUGUGCUCCUGUAACAUGCUCACUGGAUGUUUUACACUGUCACGAAGGCAGAGGAAGCAGGAUGCAGGCCUCACUCUCAACAGCACUGUCCAACGGAGACUAAUCAUACUGUUGAGUUGUGUUUACACAUAAAGACAUAUGAAGAAGAGUUCUCCUGGUGGUGCUUACAUAAUGGCCCCAAAGAUCGUGUUUGCACCUACUGAUUCACCAAGGCAGCUUCAGAACAUUCUCAUAUGUUAAUAGACAUUUAUUUUAAACUAUGUUGUAAGUGGUACAGUGUGUACAGAAAAACUGAAUAUUUGGCUCUGUGGAGACACUCCUUAUGUAACGUUACACUCUUUAUGAGCUCACUUUUGUGAAGCCCUUUGUGAACACAUUGUAAUGAUUUGUAAAGUGUUUGGUAUAAUUUCACUCAGCUUCUGUCAGUGAACACACUCACCAAGUUUUAACUAUUGUUAAAAAUGUAAAUAUUUUCCUCGCUGUAAUAUGUCAGUGCCCAACAAACACAUUUUGACAGAACCUUUUCACAGAUAAAAUGUACCAUAAAAUUAGCUAAAUAUUUUGUCAAUUCUGUGGCUUGGUAUUUUGACAUGCUUUACAUGUAGUAGCAGCAGCACAUUUGAGGCAUUCACUCAGGGGUGUGCUUCGCCUCUGUGUCCAGCACUAUUCACACAUUUGCUUGUUUCUUUAAAGUAGACAUACAUAGAUCUGUACUUUGUAGGCUAUAGCCUAUACAAUCCUGCACAAAAUGCUUUUAGCCUAAGUGUCUGACUAAAUGUUUAUGAAAUCACAAGGGUGUGUUUAAAGUGCGCACAAAUAAAAUCAUAAAUAAACAGACAUAUUUUAUCU